GGCUGAGACCUUCGGGGGCAGAGCGGCGGGCGGAAGGGGCACGGACGGACCCCCGCUCUCACGCACGCAGGGCUUUUGAAUGACUGCAGCAGCAGCAGCAGCAUAGAGACCUGCCAGGCGAGGCGAGGCGAGAGGGAAGGAGAGCAGCCCUCCCAACCUGAUCUCUCUCUCCCCGUUAGCAUCGGGCUCCCUCCUUUGGCGGCUCCGAGGAGGAGGAGGAGGAGGCGGAGGAGGAGCCUCGGCCGCAUUAUUAUUAGAACUAUUAGUAUUAUUCUUGCGCGAGGAGGUGAUUUCCUCCCCCCCCCACGCACACAUUCCCUAUUUCUGCCCGGAUCCAUCGCCUGCCCCGCCUGCCUCUCUCUCUCUCUCUCUCUCUCUCUCUGCGCCUUCAUAAUCACCACCAUCUUCAUCAUCCUCCCCUCUCUUCAUCCUGCGCUCCCUUCGCGUCUCUCUCUCUCUCUCUCUUCCCCCAAACCACGCUCCGCACCCCGGUGUGUGGGUCGCUCGCCUCCUCCCUCCCCUGCAGAGGCUGCUGCUGGAAGGGGGGAGGACGAGGAGCAGGGAGGUGGAGGGCUUUCGCCCCGGCUGAGCCAUGCCGGGGGGCGGCCACGGCUGCCGGAAUCAGGGAUGGGGCGAGAGGUUGCUGCGGAGUCCAGCAUCUCCCCACCGGGGGCCCGCGAGGCAGAGGAGCCGCCGCCGCCGCUGCCGCCGCCGCUGCUGAAAAACAACGGGCGAUGGGAUGAAGAUGAGACGCCACAAACUCUUUUUGACUCUGUGCAUGGCUGGUCUUUGCCUCAUCUCUUUCCUUCACUUCCUGAAGGCCCUCUCCUAUGUCACAUUCCCCAGGGAGCUGGCGUCGCUUAGCCCCAACCUGGUCUCCAACUUCUUCUGGAACAAUGCACCCGUCACACCUCAGGUCAGCCCUGAGCCUGGGGGCCCGGAGUUCCUCCGUACGCCGCUGUACUCCCACUCCCCUCUGCUCCAGCCCCUCUCCCCAAGCAGAGCUGGCGAAGAGCUGCAUAGAGCCGAGUUUGUGCUGCCUGAAGACACGGCGGAAUACUUUGUGCAUACCAAAGCUGGCGGUGUCUGCUUCAAACCAGGCACCAAGGUGUUGGAAAAGCCACUAGCGGGCCGGCCAGAGGAGAAAAUAGAAGGAGCUGCUUCGGGGCGGACAGCCCGGAAACCUCUGAGCACCAAUGGGACAAAGCGGCGCAAGUGGGUGGAGUGCGUGUGCCUGCCUGGCUGGCAUGGGCCUAGCUGCGGGGUGCCCACCGUGGUCCAGUACUCGAACCUCCCCACUAAAGACCGGCUGACCCCACGGGAGGUUCCUCGGAGAGUCAUUAAUGCCAUCAACGUCAACCACGAAUUUGACCUCUUGGACGUGCGUUUCCACGAGCUGGGCGAUGUGGUAGAUGCCUUUGUGGUCUGUGAGUCCAACUUCACCGCAUAUGGUGAGCCACGCCCCCUCAAGUUCCGCGAGAUGCUGCUCAAUGGCUCCUUUGACUACAUCCGCCACAAGCUGCUCUAUGUCUUCCUGGAUCACUUCCCCCCAGGCGGGCGCCAGGAUGGUUGGAUUGCCGAUGACUACCUGCGCACUUUCCUGACUCGGGAUGGCAUCUCCCGCUUCCGCAAUCUGCGGCCCGAUGACGUUUUCAUAAUUGACGACGCCGACGAGAUCCCGGCCCGCGACGGCGUGCUCUUCCUCAAACUCUACGAUGGCUGGACGGAGCCCUUUGCUUUCCACAUGCGCAAAUCCCUCUACGGAUUCUUCUGGAAGCAGCCCGGCACCCUGGAGGUGGUUUCUGGUUGCACGGUGGGGAUGCUCCAAACUGUUUACGCCACAGAUGGGAUUCGCCUGCGCCGGAGGGAGUACUACACCAUGCCAGGCUUUCGGCAGUAUGAAAACAGCACAGGUCACAUCCUGGUGCAGUGGUCACUGGGUAGCCCGCUCCAUUUUGCUGGCUGGCACUGCUCUUGGUGCUUUACACCAGAAGGAAUCUACUUCAAACUGGUGUCAGCCCAGAAUGGGGAUUUCCCCCGCUGGGGUGACUACGAGGACAAGAGGGACCUUAACUAUAUCCGGGAGCUAAUUCGGACUGGCGGGUGGUUUGAUGGCACCACCCAAGAGUACCCUGCUGCGGACCCCAAAGAACAAAUGUAUGCCCCCAAAUAUCUGUUGAAGAACUACCAGAGGUUUAGUUACUUAUUGGAGAACCCUUACCAGAAAGCAGAGGGGGCUGGGUGAGGGGAGUGGGGCUUGCAUGGGACUUUAUGGAAAAAGGGGGAAGUGGGGUACGUAUUUUGUUUUUCUUCCCCCCUCUCCACCCACUCCUCUUGGAGAAGUGUGUGUUCUCUCCAGCCUCUGUUUGCCCCAUCCCAGAAAAUAUACUUGGGUGUGUCUGGGUGUGGGGGAGAUUCCAAACCAUGUAAACAAGGACCAGAGGAUGCAGGAACUGGCCCUGAGAACCAGCAGGAGGUACAGCUCCUUCACCUCUCUUGUGGGAUGGAAGAAAACUCUUAAGACAGGUAGCGCCUCUCUGUGUGACAUGGAGAUGAGAAGGAGCACACAGCUGGAUGUGUGAGGGUGCAGAAGCCUCGAGUCUUUGUAGUUUAGGUGGGCGUGAUGUCAAACUCCAUUGCUAAAAGCCAAUGUUCAUCUGAGUCAUUUCAAACCAAUGGAUGUCCAAUUAAGUUCCGCUCUCCUAGCAUAUUGCCACUUGUUCAGCCCAUAGAGGUUAUGGACAGAGGUCAGGGUAGAUGUGUGGACUCUUCUUGUCUUGGUCAUUUCAAGAGCAUGUGGUGGUGUUUGGCCAAAGAGCACCGUGUCCCUGGAUACAAUGCUCUUUAUUUGGACCCAGAACAGGUGGGUGGCAGCUUCACUAGGAAAUGUGUGUAUAAGUGUGAAAGAACUUUUGUAGGUGACUCCAGGAGUCAUGUCUGUCUAGGAUAUGUAUAUUUUGCCACGUGUGUUUGUUACAUUUGAGUGUGGGUGUGCACACAAACUGGGAGCACGGUAGCACCAAAGAACUCUGCUUUCCACCUGAUGAUGAUGAGCAUUCAGGGAAAAACUCUCUGCAAAGUGGCAGGCUAUGGAGGUCGAAAAGCUGUCUGGUUUUGCUCAUUAAAUGGAUAGUUUUGGUAGCCAGUCUCAAAUGUGGAAGGAACAUGACAGUAGGGCUGUAGCCCACAAACUUGCAAAGGGAAUGCCCACUGAGGUCCUACUUUCCCUCUUCCACAACAACAAAAUGUGCUGUUUACAUUUUCAAUUAAAACAGUGUGCAUGUCAUGCUUAAGAGUUGCUUUUAAGGAAAGGGGAUAUUAGGAUGCUAAAGCUACAGCGCCCAUCCUACUACUUCUGGAACAGGAGAGGUGUAAAGGUACUUGGCUCUAUGAUGCCACCAUUUUGAGGACAGUGCUAUAUUGGAAGUCUAGCACUUGUACGCCUAUAAUGUGGUUUGCAUAGGCAAGUAGAGGGGACAGGGUGUGUGGCGGAUGAGGCUGAUGUAAGAGCCAGGCGUUUAAGUAUUCCAUUUACGGUGUGCAUCCUUUCUCCUUUGGUGAAGAGGCUCCACUGUGUCUCUUUUAAGUUACUAUAUGGAGUCAGGGUGAAAUGUAUUGUAAACCCCAUGUUAUGUUUGCUGCUAAGGAAAUAUAUUAAACAGUGAGCUACUAUGCUAA